AUAGUUAGCUGCCCUUCGCGUCUAAGUAGUCAUGGGAAGUAGCAGCUCAGCACGCUCCUCAACAAUAUCAAACGAUCGCUGGGACGACGAACUAGAAAUGGACGGUGACUGGGAGCACAGCGAGCCUCUCUUCAUCGACCCCUCCGAUACCAAGAUGGAGCCCAUGGAAGAUGACGUUAUGAUGGACGAUAUUCAACCGGCUCAAGAAGAUGCGCCCGCCAAGCGACCUCGUGGAAGACCUAGGAAGCAUCCCCUCCCUGAACCAACAGCCACUCCUAAAGCCACUAAGGGCCGCUCGAAAACCGGAUGUAUUACUUGCCGUAAGAGAAAGAAGAAGUGUGACGAAGCCAAACCUCGCUGCAUGAACUGUGAAAAGAACGCUGUCGUUUGCGAAGGCUACCAUGAGAAGCAAAUUUGGAAGAGUGGGAAGGAAAAGGCUGAAGAGGAACGAUGCAAGCAUGAGAUGUCAUCAGUUAACUUACAGCCAAUCUUCCACGGUGUUGAGACAACUGAGGACAAGAUCUUCUGGCGCCACUACGUGAACCGCCUUAGCACAGUCCUCACUGUUGAGGGCGAGUCCAAGAAUGCAUUCAAGGAUAUCCUCCUGAACUUAGCGAACCAGCAUCAAGGCCUUAUGCAUUCUAUUUUGGCCUUGAGCAGCAAGCAUAUUGAAUGGAAUACUCCUUACGGCGAGAAGAUUCUCCGAGAUAACCCUUCAACAAACACAGACUUACUCGAAGAGCGAGGCGAAUACCAUCACGAUGAAGCGCUUAACAGACUUUACGAGGACAUGUCAAAAACUGUCGAAGAGGACGAUGAGCAGUACCAGCUCAUCCUUGCUGCUCGUUACGGCCAAAUGCUGUGCUUGCUUCUUCAGAACUUGAUUGAAGGCAACCCACGAGGAGAGCACCGUGUGCACCUACGCGCUUACCAAAACCUUAUCCAUACCGCAGCUCCGGCCGAUCCUACAUUCUACGCUUUCAUCACCGAAUUCUUCCAGUAUCACGUAUACGCUGAUGACCUUCUGUGGCAUCCAGAGUGCAUGACUGAACGCCUCUCUUUGGAGGAUUGGGAAUGGCCAGAAACCAUUCACCCACCUCGCCUCUUUGGCGUUGCCGAUAGCUUAUUCAGUCAGCUUUCUCAAAUCACCACUAUUAGAAACACUAUUCGAGAAAACUUAGCUAUGGGAACUGAUCCCAUGGUAGACGGGGUCAGCCUCUCUCAAGCAGCAGAUAUCGACGCUUCUAUUAGAAGCUGGGCGCCUCAGUGGCCUCCUGGCGACAGCCGAGACAGGGUGGGACUACUCUAUAAGCAUGUCUUGUGGGUGUAUCUCUUCCGAUCUAUUUACCCACCUUCUGGGCCACCAUCUCGUCGAUCUACUUAUGGCUCGAUAUCCAGCACCGGCGCCUCGUCUCCAGCUGGCAUGUGCAUCCCUACACGGCCAUCUUCAAUCUCUGGCCUACCUGGGAACACGUACAUGAUGAGCCCUUCAAGUAUGGAUUCUGACAGCUGCCCUGGUUCUGAAAACACUUCCCGCAACAACUCCGUUGAUGAGGACGUCUUCCAGAAUGCUAAUUUUCGCAAUGCGAUGAACGCAAGCUUGGCAACGCCUCCAUCUUCGACAUGCCGCCCUAGCCCCGAUGACAAGAGGGUCACAGUUGCAGUCAACGAGGCCCUAGACAUUCUCGAAUCAUUUCAAGCCCAUGACCCUGCACAGACUCUCCUGCUCAUGCCUUCUCUAAUUCUUGGUACUGUGUGCCUGGAGCCCAGCCAACGAAACCGUGUUAGAUCGGCUAUUGCUGCCAUUCGAGGAUACAGUGGCAUCCGAAGCUGUGAUAGAGUAUCGGAACUGCUAGAGGAAGUGUGGCGACGCAUGGAGGACGGCGACUGGCACGCCGUCUGGGACUGGCAGGGAACUGCCCGGGAUAUGGGCUUGGACUUCCUGUGCACCUAAGAGGUGUAGUGGAAUAUAAUAACCUUGGGCUACAUGGGGAUUUGCAUACAUACAACUGGCGUUAACUUUGUAAUUCAUUUUGUUUUGGGCGGGCAUUGCACGGCAUACACGAGGUGGACUUGGCCAGGCGAAGCAAGACUCUGCUGUCAGGGGCUUAUCGGCCAAUCAUCAUCUCUUUUCUCAAAAUUUCCUUUGUCAACUCCUCUGGAUAGGAGAAUGGGUUACACAAAAUUCGGAGAGGAUGUGGGAGUGGAAACAAACGAACCAUACCACCCCUUAAUGACCAACGGGUGCACUCACGAUUACGCCAUUUGCCAGGACUAUGGUUGGCUGGCUUGCGAAAAGGAGAUAGAGGAAAGUCGUAUAUAUCUACGUUUAGUUUUGGAAACGGGCUGUGCAAUUAUCAAACACGUAUUUGGCUUUUUUUACUUCUGCACCUAUGACAUUUCACAUAUCAAUAGAUCUG